AUGCGUAACUACAAAAGAAAGACACAACGAGCAAAUGUUCCACCGGAUAUUGUAGCACAAGCCGUAAAAAUAAUCAAAAAUGAGAAACGAUCAAUUAGAAGUGUAGCAAAAGACUUUGAUAUUCCUCCUAGAACAUUAACAAGGUACUGCAAACAAGCCACACUAGGUCACGUUCUUCAGCCUGGUUAUAAAAAAGUUAGACAGGUGUUCAGUUUAGAACAAGAAAAUAACUUGAAAAAAUACUUGCAAAAAGCGUCGGAUAUUUAUUAUGGACUCACUCCAAAAGAAGUUCGACAGUUUGCCUUCCAAUAUGCAACUGCGUUAAAAAUAAAAAUACCUGAAUCUUGGAAAACAAAUAAAUUAGCAGGAGAAGACUGGCUCUCCGGGUAUUUGAAAAGAAAUGUGGAGCUUAGCAUAAGAAAACCAGAGGCUACCAGCUUGGCAAGAGCUUCAAAUUUUAAUAGAACAAAUGUUAACCGAUUUUUAGAAAAUUUAAAGACAGUGCUAGAUCGUCUUAAGCUUGAGUCCGGGGAUAUAUGGAACAUGGACGAGACGGGAAUAACGACUGUGCAAAAACCGGACAGAGUGAUUGGCCGGCGUGGGUAUAAACAAAUUGGAAAGAUUGUCUCGGCUGAACGAGGAACGUUAGUGACAUUGGCUUUAGCAGUUUCCGCAACGGGAAAUUCUAUUCCACCUUUUUUUAUUUUCCCUCGAGUACACUUUAGAGAUCACUUUUUAAGAAAUGCACCACCAAGCAGUGCAGGAAGUGCAAAUCCGUCAGGCUGGAUGAACGCCGAACAUUUUUUUGCUUUUGUUAAACAUUUUGUUAAACAUUCAAAAACAUCUAGGGAAAGGCCUUCCCUGCUUAUAUUGGAUAACCACGACUCACAUCUGUCCAUAGAUGCUUUAAAUUAUUGCAAAGAAAAUGGAGUCACGGUUUUAUCCUUUCCACCUCACUGUAGCCAUAAACUACAACCAUUAGACAGAAGUGUUUAUGGGCCGUUAAAGAAAUAUGUGAAUUCUUCUUGCGAUGCAUGGAUGACCAAUCACCCUGGCCAUACGAUGACUAUUUAUGACAUUCCUGAAAUUGUAAACUCUUGUUUGCCUCUUGCUGCUUCUCCUGCUAACAUAAAAGCCGGAUUUGCAGUAACAGGAAUUUUUCCAUAUAAUGCGCAUGUGUUUCAAGAUGAAGAGUAUAUGCCUGGAUAUGUCACAGACAGACCGAACCCAGAAAAUGUUCAAGAUGUUCCAGCUAACGUGACCAUUGAAGAAGAUCCAGCUGAAAUAAACUUUAGCGAGCCACAACCUGGUCCCUCAUCUCGCAGAUCUCCAUCGAAUACCCCCCCACCUCCUACACCAGAAAAUAUACGACCGCUACCAAAAGCAGCACCAGAAAAGCUAAAAAACAAGGCCGUAGCUAGGAGGAGUCUAGAAGAUGCUAAGGCUCCCCUAGAUCUAGACAAGUUAUAA